UAGCAAGGGUGGGGGACCCUGGCGCGUGCCGCUUUUUAAAGGGGCGCAGCGCCCUUCGCAACCGGAGACGCCUGGUAGUGUGCGGGCAGUGUGCCUGUAGGUAGACACUUAUAUGUCCUGGGAGAUUUCCGACUUUGUAAAAGCGCCCGCCGGGGAAGAAACGGCUCUUAGCGGCCCAGCAAGAAGGAGAAGGAGGAGGAGGAGACGGGGUCGCGAAAGGGCGCGCGGGAAAGAAAGUGUCAGGAGCGGGGCUGCAGCGGCACUUCUUGCGCCUCUGGUCGCCGCCACGCUCGCCUCCGGUCGCGAUGAACCACCUGCGCGCGCCUAGUGCGCACAGUGACUGGGCCGGCAGCGGCAGGGAUUUGGGCCCGCCACAGCAACAGCUGGAAGGCAACCUCCUCUUGGGAGAAGAAGCGGCGGCGGCAAGUCGAGGUGGCGCCUUCCCCUCCCCCUGGUUGGGUAUUUGCUGCCCGGGCCGCCUCUCCUCAUCCCCCAGGUAUCUGCUUUCGGGUACACCUGAGGGAGAUGAAGAGGAGGCUGAAGAGGAAGAGGAAGAGGAGGAGGAGGAAGAAGAGGAGGAGGAGUUCCUGAGGGCCGGCGCCGCCGAGCGCGGGAGCCGACGGAGUUCGAACAGUUCCUCCGGGAAGCAGCUGUGCGCGCUUCAGCAGUCGCAGCAUCCCCGUCCCCACCGGAGCGGCCCUUGCAAGGCGCCGUUAGCGCCCCCGCCGCGGCUCCGCUCGCCCUGCUCCGCCGUCGGAGGCAGCCCUCUUCUCCGCCAGGGCUCCCAGGGGAACGGCGUGCAGCGGCAGAGGCGGCUGGCGGCCAACGCUCGCGAGCGGCGCCGGAUGCACGGGCUGAACCACGCUUUCGACCAGCUGCGCAACGUCAUCCCUUCCUUUAACAACGACAAGAAACUCUCCAAGUACGAGACACUGCAGAUGGCGCAGAUCUACAUCAGCGCCUUAGCCGAGCUCCUGCACAGCCCGCUGCCCCCCGAGAGCGCCCCCUGCGGCAAGGGCCCUUCUCUGCCGCCCGCCGCCCAGACCUACGAGCGCGCGCCUUGCACCCCUCCAGGAGGGGGCGCGCUGCAGCCCCGGGCCCAGGUGGCGGGCCACGGCAGGACGCGUUUUUCCUUAGAAUCUGCGGGGCCAGGAGGGGGCUACGAGGUGCAGCCAGAGCCGCUGCAUUUCCCCUCCUUCACGGACGGCGCCAUUCUGGGGCAAAAAGCCCCCUCGCCGGGCCAGCUUCUCCAGCCGGCUGGCCAGCAGCCACAAGAGCGAAGGAAAACCUCGCCGCCAGCCCACCGCAGCGACGGCGAAUUCUCGCCUCGAUCGCAUUACAGUGACUCGGAUGAGGCCAGCUAGGCGCGGGCGCCGUUGCACGGGACCAAGAGGCGGUUUCGGCUGCUCUCCUGAUCUACGCUUAGCUGGACCCGAAGGGGAACGGGGAUGCUGGGUAGACGGGUUGUCAGAAGAGUGUCUGGCGUUUAGAGGGCAGCAAGAUCAUGGCCAAAGGUAGAUCAGCCCCAUCAGCUUUUAAAAAGGGAGAGCCUGCGAACGAAAGAGCUUGGGGAAAUUGCUGGGCGAGACUCCGGUCGCUCCGACGCAGUUUCUCUUGUCUAGAAGUAAGCAUGUAAAGAUUUGUCCGAGAUCAUUGGGAGCAUCUUUGCUUUUAAGGGAUUUGCUAGAUUUUUAGACUUUGAAUCGAAAACCAUCUCCUAUUAUUCUGUUUUGUUUUACUGCUAAAUCUGUAUGAACUUCCAUGCUAGAAUCAAUUCGUUUACCUAUCAAAGACAGUGCAACGGAUUUGGGAAUGGAGGCUCCGGAGAUCCAGUCAAAAUUAAGAACUGUUUAAAAAAAAGAGUUGGUAGCUAUGGCCAGACGUUCUGGAAAGUAAGUCCCCAAACAAUGGACUUCCUCUUAAGAGUAAUUCUUCAACCGAUUGAAGACAACACAUACUAGGUCUGCACAACACGAUUUAGUAUGCCACGUGUCUCAAGCCAGUUAUGAAUUAUUUGGUGUUUUAACAAACAUAGUUUCACAGAUUGUGUGAAACCAUUUGAAUGACGAUCUUGGAGAGGGAAGGAGGGGGUAGGGGGAGACAGAAAUAGAGAGAGUGUCUCUUGGAGACAGGUCCCCAUAGUUGUCUAGAAGCAUUUUGCCACUGACUGCUUCCCAGAAGGAAGAGAAAGAAACUAGCCCAAAGUCACUAAUCGACUUCUAAGCCUAAGGCAGGUCCAGAACUCAGAUUUUCCUGCUCCCAGUACAUACAUACAAUUUUUUUAGCCAACUAGUGCUGCAAAUAUUUUUCUCUCAGUGAAGUCUUAGAAUCAUGAUAUCUCCCAAUUUUCUGUUGGAGAAUUCCAUACCAACACAUUUAGGAUCUAUUCAUGAUCUUUGGGCUUAAGCCAUUUUAAAAUCCACUCCAAGUAAGCACAGUUGUUCAAAAAUAAAAGCUAAAAAGAUCCCCAUCCAAGUUAUAGUUGCAGUACUGUAAGGGCAUGGGACCUUGAGGAAAACUCUCAUGUGAGGGAUUCCACUGCAUUUUCUUCCUAGCAUUUCACCACUUGGAAGCUGUCAUGGUGGCCAUCCUGAUCAGCCCUGUAGACUAGUCUGAGCAGAUAAUAUUAGAUUAAGAAGGGUUGCAAGUUGACUGGGUGAUGUGGUUGGCUGACAGUUUUCAUAUGGCCAUAUUAACUUCUAUGGGUUGGAUCCUGCCUCCUCAGUCUAUCACCAUGGGGCUUGCUCUGUUUUUCUUACUUCUCUUACUCUCGAGGAGAACUCUCUGACCUCCAAGCUCUGCUUAUUAUUCAUCUGUUCAUCCAAAAAGAUGCCUCACUGGGACUUGGUCCUUCCACUUUUCUUUUUUAGACUUUAGACUCAAUGUGGGUCAGGCUGGAAUCCCUUUGGCAGGGACAACUCCUUCUGAGAUAGUUGAGAUAGUCUGAGAUAGUUGCCUUCCUUCUUUGAUCAGCUCUUCACUCCCCACCCUUCCACAGAGUCGAAAGAUAUCUGUCAAUGAAAGGAAGAAACGCUUUCCUUGGGGGGUGGGAAGGAAGCGGAGGGAGGAGUCACAGUCCAAAUUCAGACUGGAAAUAUUACAAGCGGGUGGAGCCUAAUUGCUCUGUUUUUGUGUAAUGCAUGUUUAGUCCUUUGCUCCGUUAAUGAAGUAAAUAGAGAGAAAGGGGGAGUUAUUUAUAUAACUUUCUUCGGAGCUGAAUAUUGGCUCGUAGGUGGGGUAGACCCUUCAGAAUCUGCCUGGAGUGGAGAUUGAAAGGGAGCUCGGCUCCCAAGAGAAAACGAUGAAUUCACUGCCAAUUGGAUUAUACCAAUAUUGAGCACAUCCAUGUUUAUAACGAUCCUUAUUAAUCUCAUUUGCAAACCCACCAAACAGCAAGUAGGCGCUAGAGUGAGAAUAAUCAGGCUUCAUUUGUUGUGUCCAUUUUCUACGCCUGUUUGUUCAUGUUUUUUGUUAAGCUUUAAAUCCUUGACAUUUCUUGAUUUCUGAAGGUCAUGCAAGUCCUUUUCUUCCUCCCCUCCCCCUCUUUCUGUACUAUUAUUGUUAUUGUUAUUAUUUGCAAAAAACUAC